AUGAGCUCAGACCCUCGUUUAGCCGGCGACGUCAGCUCGAGAUCCGUUACUCCAAACCCACCGCCGCCUCCGCCGCCUCCUCCACCCGAAGACCACUGGCUAAACUCAUCUCAGGCACCUGGAUCCCAAACCAAAACCGUUCUAUGGAAGCCCAUAACCGCCUCGCCGCUCCCCCAUCUUCAUACCCAGUCAUAUCAUUCGGCACGGGAUCCCUGGUCCGCCUUCCUGGGCCGACAAUUACCCAGCCGAACGUAUACAAUUUUCAAUACCGUAUCAUAUUCUCAGAUAUAUGACGAAUUACAAACCAAAGAUCCAAGAUUAUACAGGAAUAAUGGCGUUUUACCCAUGCUUGAUCGAAACAGAAGCGUGAAAUGGGGUCCGGAGCGGUUCCAGGAGUGGACGCCUGGAUUACCGCGAUUGGACCAUGUUUCGCGCGGUGAUAAAGGCAGUCUCGGGACCGAAGGUGGCAUUGUCGACGUGAUCAUUACAUGCGAAGAGAAAUGCUGGGAUGCAGUAGUAGAUGACUUGAUGAAUCGCGGCGCCCCCUUGAACCGGCCCGUCCACGUCUUCAAUGUCGAUAUCAGAGAUAAUCACGAGGAAGCACUGGUUGGAAGCAAAGCUAUUCUCGACCUUGCAGACCGGUUAAAUGAGGCCGCAGACCAGGAGCGAAAGAUGAACGGGGUGGAUGGAUGGGACCAAGGAGGAGGAGCAGCACGAAGGGGCUUCGACGAAAAGGUGCCUGAGAUCCUUGCCAAGUGGCAGGAGAAAUGGCCAAAUCUGCCUGCUUUAUGGACCCUGUCGUGGUUUUGA